UCCCCCGUGUCUUCAUAGCUGACCGCGCAGCUUUGUCGGAGAGACGCCAUUCGCCUCGCUGUCUCACGGAGGGGAAACUAGGAGACUAUUCUCUUUCUUUGCCGUUUGUUUGCUAUGUUGUGUUCUUAGAGAGGACUAGUGUAAGUGAUUCAAGUGUUUCUCGGAUUCACUCGCUACACCGAGAACUAAUGGAUACUACUGGAUCCACACAAACAUACGGCGGACUUUUUAUAUCAUAUUUUGGUUCAUCGAAGACGUCCCGAGAGCGAGCAAUGCCAGCCCGCUUGCAGUGACAUUCCGUUGGCACGUUGACAGCGAUCUGUUUAUGACGUCACAUCGUUGAUAUUUUCUAGACCAAGCCUCACGCUGUUGUUGGUGUAUGGAUAAGUUCCUCUCUGACACACUCAGAAGGCGUGAGUUUGAUUCCAGAGCGGGGGAGGUUUUAUCGAGUAUCUCCCUCUGUCAACUGGCAAAUUGUGUCCCUCCUUCUCAACUCAUGUUGGUCCUACUGGAAGACAAGAUCGAAGUACCUCGUCACCUAAAUUAUCAGGAUUAUGUCGAUGGUGGAUGAAAACAUUGAUAUUUACAAGAACCGUACAAAGACAGAACUCUUCUGAGGUGACGUCAUCAUGGAAGCCAGUGUCAGAAAAUCUGACGUGGACACAGCUCACCUGGUGGCGAGUGACACGGCGGUGUGGGGGACGUCAGAGACCAGCUACAGCGGGUUUUCGGGACCCGAGGACGGGGUCAACACGCUCGUGUCUGACUUAAAUAUCUCCGAAAAAAAUCUGCCAGAUGAUGAUGAUCUCGAUAUGCACAAGGCGACUUCCUCGACUGGUCAGUGUAAUGGUUCUAGUGAGUAUAAUAAUCCAGAGGACGAGCGUUCAUUUGUGAAUGAGUCGCCAACGGUAGACAGUGGACAAGUUGCCUCAGAACCUGUUGUGAAUGAUAACAACGUACAUGGGUCAUUAGAUCAACCUGGGGUAUAUACCACAGCUGACAGUGAGACACCGGAGAUAACUGAACAGAAUGAGAGGUCGUCUCUUUCAAUGGAUGAACGAGACACUGUGGAGAAUAAUGAACAAUUUGGUGUGGAAAGGUCAAAUAACGGUCAGAUCUUAUUGCCUCCUCAACCUCGACAUCAACUUGAGGCGACAAAGGAGACCGGAAGUCAACAGCUGGACGAGUCUGGGGCUGACGGACGGCUGGAUUUGUAUCUCGAGUUGGCCGUGUGUGGACUAAAAGUUCCAUCCAAACCGAAUUCAGCGACUCGUGAAGGGCGAGAUAAUGAGACAGACGGUUGCUCUGAGACGCACAAAAGCUCCCCUAGCGGGCUCAGUCAAUCGGAGAAAAUGACCGACUCGGAUCAAUACGCGCUCCAAAAGUUAAUUAACUCCAAACACAACGACAACCCAAAGAAACACGAAAACAAUGCAACAGUUGAAACAAAUCCAAGCGAGGCGCCAACUCUGCCGCUGUUCCAAUCUGAUCUCGACUCGGAGGGCGGGAGUCAUUCUGAGACCAGGCCCGCUUGUACAAUAGUAAUACCUACGUCCAGCACAAGUAGUGAAAGCAACAGUUUACCACAACCUAGUGCUACUCCAAGUACCUCCAAACGACAAAUGGAGGUGGAAAAAGGCUUAGUUAUCAAUGCAGUUCAGAAACCCCUUUCCUCACCCCCUGCCAAAGGAAAAUGUGUAAGCAAACGUCAGUCGAGAGACCUCAGAACACAAGUAUUAAGGAAAUCUGUAUCUUCGCAAGAGAAUUCUUCACAAGUCAGGUCUGUGUCAGAGAAUAACAAGAUAAAGCAAGAGCCACAUUCCAGUACUGUAAAGGAAAUAAAGCCUGUAACAGAAAAGAACAAGAUGAAGCAAGAAGAGCAUGCCAACUCAGAGAAGGAAGCAAAGCCCCAAGGUCAGCCGAUCAGUUCCAAAAAGACGCCAAUGGUGGUACGAGAAAGUGAAGCAUAUUCGAGGAGAAAAAUAAAGGUUAAGAACACACCUGUUUUCAAAUUCGAUCGAAACAGUAGGACUGAUGAAGGAGAAGAAACCCAAUGCAGACGAAACUCUACAAGUAAGGAAAGCCUUUCAAACUCUGCGAAAUCGUUUCGUAAAUUGGCGGAGCGCAGUGAUUCUGAAUCCAGCUUAGUCAGUGAAAGCAGCAGCGAGAAAAACAAGUUUGUAUCAAAAUUCGAAGCCCCGUAUACAAAAAGAGAGCUAAAGCAAGCUCUUCCUCGGAAAAGUUUUUUCAGUUCCCACGACAGGUCAAUGAAAGACGCGGGUCUAGAACCUGACGACCCCGUUGCUAAACGAAAAGCCGAGCGACUAAAAGCGAGAUUGGAGCGGAUCGCCCUCGAGUUUAACCCUGUGCCUCCGAGGACACCAAAGGAGACGGCAGUUCUGGGGGAUCUGACGCGCGCAAAGUCGGAGUCUGCUCUAAACUUUGGUGUACAAAUGUCGUUUGAAGAUGCCGACGCUACAAACGGGGUGAAACCAAUGAUAAACACGCUGUUUCUUGAUUCUACGGAUGCAGGAAAAGUCACUUGGGAUCCUUCUAGCGGAGGAAAUGUGUCUGAUGUACAGAAAACGGAGACAACUCGCAGAUCUCGGCGUCCUGUCAGCGCAAGAAAUGACUACGUGGAGUGUGCUCCCCUGAGUGGUUACCUCUCCUAUGUCAAAGAGAACAAGAACGAGUACUGCCAGUACCUGAAAACUAAAGUAAGGGUCCCUAAAUUAGACGGCCCUGUCUUACGAUUGGUCAGACUUGGUAGGGCAUUUGAAUUACGUCAUCGUGGGGAAACCCGGCGUGCGCCGUGCGAGCAUGAGGAAGUCGUCAAAGCAGCCAGAGCACUCCGACCUCGAAGCGCAGACCCUGCCAAGUUCUGUCGCCCCCGAGACAAAACAGCGGCGCUGCUCGCACACGACCCGAGUCUCGCUUCAUUACGACCGUCACGUCCUCAAUCAGAAGACAAACGUCACCAGGACAAAAACAGCACUACCGGAAGUUCUUCGGGAGGGGGCGGGGCCACCCCGACGUCUGCGAGCGGCGCAAAAGACGAAGAGCCCAAGAGCGAGUUAGAGAAACGCAAGUUCAAGGCUGAGGAAUGGUCACGGUCGGUGUCCACCCACACGCUGGGAAGAGCCAAACUGCAGAGCCUGCGACAGUUAGGUUGUGAAGACGGUGAGGUGACCAAGUGGUGGGAGACGCUGACAGACUGCCGCUAUCUACGACAUAGCUACACGGCUUCCACUGUGCACUGAGUUCAAUAGUCUGCACUGCCUUAGUGUUUGUUUGAGUAAAGCGAAGCACAUCGACACAAAAAUAAAUGGUCAUUUAGUGCCGGGAAAAAAUUUAUAAGACAGACAGAAUCAAAACUGCGCAUAUAUUUUUAGUAUGAGUAUUACGGCACUAGCAACACAAACUGAUCAGAAUAAUAUAAGUGCCGAAGAUCAGAGGUGCUACUAGAGAGUACAUGUAACGUAAAAAGAAAAAAGAAAGGAGGAAUAAGGGUGACGUUCGGUAGGAAAGUAAGAGCA